AUGCGUAGGUCGCUUGCGUUUCUGGUGAACUUUUCACCCAUCUAUAUGCCAGCCCUUUCCCCAUCCAUGGAUAGCGGCAUAAUUGUUGAGUGGAAGAAAAAGGUUGGCGAUCUUGUAAAAGAGAAUGAUGUGUUCUGCACCAUUCAAACCGACAAGGCAGUUGUGGAUUUCACUAACACCUUCGAUGCCGGUUACUUGGGCAAAAUAUUCCGCCAGAAUGGUGAAACUGUCGCCGUCGCUUCAACAAUAGCCGCGAUGGUUGAGGAAUCGCAAGAUGUGGCCAAAUUAGCGGAUUAUACAUUGAAGGACGUGGAACCCGGUAAUGUUGACGAGGAGGCGGUUGCAGCUCCCGUUUCAACAACAACAACAACAACAAAAACUCCAAAACCCGCUGGUGGUAAAAUCCGUUACGGCGGUUCUCUCGACGAGGCGGUUGCAGCCAGUGGUCCGGGCGUUAUGCGAAUUGCAGCCCGUCUCGACAAGGCAGCACUGGAAGCCAUCACACCAACAGGAAGAGGAGGACGCUUCACAAAAGCAGAUUUUGUUGGACAGCCCGGUUUUGACUACGAGAAGGCGGCACCAGCACCGAAGGGUUCCUCCUCGUCUUUUACUAACGCCUCUCGGGAAUGUUGUGCUGAGAAUACGAACGGGGCUGUUGGAUCCAGCGCUGUGGUGAAAUCCUUCCCCGUAUAUAACUUCAAGGUAUCAGACACAACAUUAUUGCAACAACUCCUUAAUAGUAUGCCUACUCCAAAGGCAAAGGGCGCAGCGGUUGGCAAGUAA